GUACAGUCUGCCCCCACCCGCGGAACUCCAGUCCCUGCAGAUGAUCUGGAGGAAAUGUUAUGAAGACGGGUUUUAUGCCAAUAAUCAUACGUGUGCAAGCAACUAGCAUUUCACAGGCUAAAAUUAGGUGUGGAUUUAAAAUACACAUUGAAGAGCUGUUGAAUCACCAUCUCUGGAAAAUGGAUCCAGGAUACUUGUUACACCUCGCUAUUUGAAAUACGUCUCAAUUCAUCUCCUCGCUGGCUUUCUUUCUACCACCAACAACAUACCAGGCCGACGUCGACGACAGCUAGCGUGUAUUGCUAGCCACCUAGCUAACAUACUGCUAGCUACUGGUUUCCCCAUUUCUUUUCUCAGGUGUCCACAAUGACAACUAACGUCCUGCAUGCUCCUCCCACACCUAGCCCUGCCUCUUCGUGAUUGAACAGCUGCUGACUGACCAGAGAGGUGAAAAAUGUCUGUGUUGCCAUGACUUAAAGACAUCAAUCAAAGAUGGAGAAAAAGAAAAUGUGCCCCCGUCUUCUGGACUACCUGGUGGUGGUCGGAGCCAGGCAGCCCAGCACUGACAGCGGAUCCCAGACCCCCCAGCUCCUCCGUCGCUACCCGCUGGAGGACCACCCAGACUUCCCUCUGUCUCCGGACGUGGUCUUCUUCUGUCAGCCUGAGGGAUGCCAGAGCAUCCGGCAGCGCCGGGUCAGCCUGCGAGACGACGCCUCCUUCGUCUUCGCACUCACUGACAAAGACUCGGGCAUCACGCGCUAUGGUAUCUGCGUCAACUUCUACCGCUCCUUCCAGCGAGGGGGGCACCGCCGCGACAAGGCGGGUAGCGGUGGAACGGCGGCGCAGAUAGUGGAAGCGACCAGCGAGGGUUCCGAUGGCAGCGGUGGCUGCACCACUGCCUCCACGUUGCCGACGCCUGCCAGUGCUGACACAACAACCACACCUGUGCCAGGCACGGAGCCGGGACCACCCGGUGGCGAGCCAAAUGCCGGCAGGUCCCCUCGGCACAAACGCAGCACGGCCAAGAUGGUCAGUCGGAACCGCGACAGCACGCUGACCUCGCUGUGCAUGAUCAGCCACUACCCCUUCUUCUCCACCUUUAGGGAGUGCCUGUACAUCCUUAAGAGAAUGGUGGACUGCUGCAGCCACAGGUUGACCCAGCGUGCCGGCCUGGCCCGCGCAACUCAGAGGGACACCAUGUGGCGCGUGUUCACGGGGGCCCUGUUGGUGGAGGAGAAGGGCAGCCAGCUGCUGGCUGACCUGCGGGAGAUCGAGUCCUGGGUCUACCGCCUCCUGCGCUCCCCGGUGCCCGUGGCGGGCCAACGGCGCGUAGAUGUGGAGGUGCUGCCCCACGAGAUGCAGCCGGCACUCACCUUCGCCCUGCCCGACAACUCUCGCUUCUCCAUGGUGGACUUCCCCCUGCACCUGCCCCUGGAGUUGCUGGGUGUGGACGCCUGCCUCAUGGUGCUCAGCUGCAUCCUGCUGGAGCACAAGGUGGUCCUCCAGUCGCGGGACUACAAUGCCCUGACCAUGAGUGUCAUGGCGUUUGUGGCCAUGAUCUACCCCCUGGAGUACAUGUUCCCUGUCAUUCCCUUACUGCCCACCUGCAUGGCCUCCGCUGAACAGCUUCUCCUCGCCCCCACCCCUUACAUCAUAGGUGUGCCUGCCAGCUUCUUCCUCUACAAAUCCGAUUUCAAAAUGCCCGACGAUGUGUGGCUCGUGGAUCUGGACUGUAACAAGGUCAAAGCACCCACCAAUGCAGAGCACCUACCCCCUCUUCCCGAGCCGGAAUCCACAGAACUCAAGAAACACCUGAAACAGGCCCUGGCCAGCAUGAGUCUCAACACCCAGCCCAUUCUGAACCUGGAGAAGUUCCAGGAGGGCCAGGAGUUACCCCUGCUCCCCCCCGGCCAGAACAAGGCGUCGCCCUCUUCCACCGAGUUCAACCCCCUCAUCUACGGCAACGACGUGGACUCUGUGGAUGUGGCCACCAGAGUUGCCAUGGUGCGGUUCUUCAACUCCCCCAAUGUGCUCCAGGGUUUCCAGAUGCACACGCGUACGCUGCGCCUCUUCCCCCGGCCUGUGGUGGCAUUCCAGGCCACGUCCUUCCUGGCCUCGCGGCCCCGACGCUCAGGCUUCGCUGAGAAGCUGUCGCACACCCAGGCCGUGGAGUACUAUGGCGAGUGGGCCCUCAACCCCACCAACCUGGCCUUUCAGAGGAUCCACAACAACGUGUAUGACCCAUCUUUAAUCGGAGACAAGGGCAAGUGGUACGCCCACCAGCUGCAGCCAGUGUUCUACCGUGUGUAUGACGGCAGCUCCCAGCUGGCCGAGGCCAUGAGUGGACCCGUAGAAGAUGAGGCCAACGACUCGGACCCCACAGACGACAGCGACAGUGAGGCUGGCUACGAUGACUCCAGCUCUUCCUACUCGUCACUUGGAGACUUGGUGAGCGAAAUGAUCAAAUGUGACAUCCAAGGGGACACGCCAAACCUGGAUCCCCCUACCCACGCUGCACUGGGAGACGCCAGCGAAGUGGACUUCCAGGACUUCCAGGAGUUUAAGGGAGGAGAGGGUCCUCUCCCCCAAGAGAAGGCACUGCCUGAGGGGGGUGACGGAGCUCCUGAACCUCCUGAUGGACAAGCCCUCCGCUCGAGCUCCAGCACAACCGCCAGCUCCAGCCCCAGCACCAGCACAAUCAUCCAGGGAGUCAACAAUGAGCAGGCAGAACCAGUGGAAAUGGAGGCAUUGGCCAGUGCAGCUCUACAGAACCCUGUCCCCGGAUUGGGCGCUCCGCCCUUCUCCAGACCUCCCCCAGACGCCACCCCUGUGGGACCAGCCAAUAAGAAGGGAGAGUACGACAACCCCUACUUUGAGCCCCAGUAUGGCUUCCCUGCUGAGGAGGACCCUGAGGCAGAAGACCAAGAGGAGACGUACACGCCCCGGUUCAACCAGAACCUCAAUGGCAACAAAGCCCAACGCCCCCUGAGGCCUAGCAGCCUAAAGCUGCCCGGAGAGUCGGACGGGGAGGGCGACUCCCGCAACAGUUCUCCAAACUCCACCAUCUCCAACAACAGCAGCGAUGGCUUUGGGGGCCUCAUGUCCUUUGCCAGUAAUCUGUACAAGAACCACGGCACCAGCUUUAGCCUCUCCAACCUGUCUGUACCCAACAAGGGGGGGCUGAGGGAGAAGGCCGCUGGGGCUGGGCCCUUCCCCAAUCUCAAAGGAGGCGCCCGCGGUCCCCCCAGGGCGCUCGUUGACCAGAAGUCGUCGGUCAUUAAGCACAGUCCCACGGUCAAGAGAGAGUCCCCUUCGCCCCAGGGUCGUGCCAACAACACCAGUGAGAACCAGCAGUUCCUGAAGGAGGUGGUGCAGAGCGUGCUGGAUGGCCAAGGCGUGGGCUGGCUCAACAUGAAGAAGGUGCGCCGCCUGCUGGAGAACGAGCAGCUGCGUGUCUUCGUGCUGAGCAAGCUGAACCGGGCCGUCCAGUCAGAGGAGGAUGUCAGGCAGGAGGUCAUCCGGGAUGUGGAGAUUAGCAGGAAGGUUUACAAGGGCAUGUUAGACAUACUGAAGUGCACCGUUUCUAGUCUGGAACACUCGUACACCAAUGCCGGGCUUGGAGGCAUGGCCAGCGUCUUCGUUCUGCUGGAAAUCGCACGCACCCACUACCAAACCAAAGGAGCGGAGGGGGCUAAGAAACAGCACCCUGAGCUGACUGACACAGAGGAGAAGAAGUCCCAGAUCAGUGCUGACAGUGGCCUCAGCGUCACCUCUGGAUCCCAGAAGAGUGACACAGAGUCUGUGACCGGCACUGAACCGCCAGUCCUUACCAGAAGCACCAGCCAGGACUCAGAGGCCAGCACAGUGAUAAGUAACAGCUCAGGGGAGACGCUGGGAGCUGACAGUGACUUGAGUAGCACCACUGGGGAGGGCUUGGGUGGCAGGCAAGCCCCCCACCUCAACCUCUCCAGGGGAACACUGUCCGACAGCGAGAUUGAGACCAACCCGGCCACCAGCUCAGUGUUUGGUAAGACCCAAAAGAUGAAGCCUUGUGUGAAGGAGGUGAAGGCUAAACUUGUGCCUGUCGUGGCUAAGGGGCCUCCCACCCAGCCCUUGGAAGACAUCAGCAUGAGGAUUUACCUGUGUGAUGGCCUGCUGGGUAAGGAGCGCUCUACACUGUGGGACCAGGUCCAGUUCUGGGAGGAUGCUUACUUGGAUGCUGUCAUGUUGGAGAGAGAGGGGAUGGGCAUGGACCAGGGACCUCAAGAGAUGAUUGACAGAUACCUGUCACUCGGGGACCACGACCGUAAGCGCCUGGAGGACGAUGAGGACAGGCUGCUAGCUACUCUACUGCACAAUAUGAUCGCCUACAUGCUAAUGGUUAAGGUGAACAAGAAUGACAUCAGGAAGAAGGUGAGGCGUCUGAUGGGGAAGUCCCACAUCGGCCUUAGCCACAGCCAGGAGAUCAACGAGUGUCUGGACAAACUGGCUAAUUUGAAUGGCCGCGAGCUGUCCAUCAGACCUAGCGGAAGCCGUCACAUCAAGAAGCAGACCUUCGUGGUGCAUGCUGGGACAGAUACCACGGGGGACAUCUUCUUCAUGGAGGUGUGUGACGACUGUAUAGUCCUGCGCAGCAAUAUCGGCACAGUGUAUGAGCGCUGGUGGUACGAGAAGCUCAUCAACAUGACCUACUGCCCCAAGACCAAGGUCCUGUGUCUGUGGAGACGCAAUGGCCAGGAGACCCAACUCAACAAGUUCUACACCAAGAAGUGUCGCGAAUUGUAUUACUGUGUGAAGGACAGCAUGGAAAGAGCUGCUGCCCGACAGCAAAGCAUUAAACCAGGGCCAGAGCUGGGUGGAGAGUUCCCUGUGCAGGACAUGAAGACUGGCGAGGGAGGACUGCUGCAAGUCACCCUGGAAGGCAUCAACCUGAAAUUCAUGCACAGCCAGGUUUUCAUAGAGCUGAAUCACAUUAAAAAGUGCAAUACUGUGAAGGGAGUCUUUGUCCUGGAGGAAUUUGGCACACCAGAUCUGUUACUCCGUCCUCUGCCUUUUCUCCUACGUGGCUGCGGUGAAGGGGAAGGAAGCAGAAGGCAAGCCCAAGCUUCUAUCUCCAAGACCCCUGGCCAGCUAGUCUACGACCCCUCCAAUCUACCCCCCCCCCCCCAUCCCCCCCGUGCCUCUCACUCUGCAACAAAGUGGAAUCUCGGUCCUACUAUGACAUUGAGUUCUGACAAUCCUUGAUCCUACACACCGCUUUACUCCUCUUUGCACCCUGUAAGUACAUCUCCAAGAAAUACCCUCUACUCUUUGCGCCUCGCCAUGUAAGUAAAAUCCCUAUGGUGUGUGUAUGUAUAUGUGAACCCUGGUCUGUGGCAUCGUGUGUACCCUUCCCAACCAUGGUCACGUCCACUAGGCUCCUCCCAUACAGGCCCAGCCUGAUGUCUUGGCCGUAAGCUUGCUUGAUCUUCAAGGCGAGGUCCGUCUGUCCCCCAUCUCUGUCCCCUCUGAGACUGUGUCCUUCUCUCGGCCUGGCCUGCUGCCAAGGUCUCAUUGGUUGUUUUUAAUGGGAUGGAGACAGGCAAGGGGGAGGGGUGUGAUGCACAGCUCUGCAAGUCGAUAAGAAAGCAACCAACCGCCCCGUCCACACUCUGCUCCACUCCCUAUGACUGUGAUGAAUAUUCUAUGUGCUACUACUGUAAAACUCCAGUCUGUCCAAGUCCAAACCGGUGAAACGUUUAAAAAGCAUUCUAGUACUGACGGUUGUCACUUUGUUAAUAAACGCUACUUCUGCAUGGUGCAUCAAACACUGCACGUAAAAGCUUUUAUUCCUUUUGAUCCCAAAAUAUCUUGUGUGGUCCAAGAUGUGUGCAUCUCUCUUUAGCUUGCCCAGUGAGGCUAAACUACUGUCAAAUGUCUUGUCUGUGGUCCUCUGUAUUGAAUUGCAUGUUACUAUGGAGAGAAAAAAUGCUGUACAUUCCACCAUAAGAUGUUUUGCAAAGUGUGGUUUAUUCACUAGAUGUGCAAUACUUUACGUAGUUAGCCAGAGCCAGAUCAUUGUUCAGAUUUUUUUUAAAUCUUGGCAAUUCUGGCUUACAAAGAGCAAAGAUUGUAAAAAAGGACUUCAUUGUCAUACAUAUUUAUUGAAGUAAAUAAAUAUGAUGACCUAUUGUUUAUAUGUGGAGAUUGUAGAGAUGUGUAAACCUACUGCUGUUAUGGUUUUGUCUGUUGGAGAGGUGUGUUAAGUCUUCAUGUUGUGUCUGUAUUGUAGUAAGAUAAAUAAAUCCAAUCUAGCCCAACUGUAAGUGGUGUGUAUGUGAGUGUAUACAUGCAGUGUGUUGUUUUGCCAGAUCAGCAAUAUAUGAGUAAUACAGCUAUAUGAUCAGGAUAUUGUUUUUAAUGUUUACGUGGCUUUUAUUUUUUAGAGAUGAAAUGCGUGUGUAAGAAAAAUAUUGUUACAACUUCCAUGAGAGGUAUUUCAUUCUUGACAAUAAAAACACUGGUGUAAAUAUGAGAGUAACUGGAUGAGGAGUGUCUCAAAACGGUAACAGAACAUAAUAGUAUAGUUUGUUAGACUAGUUACAUAUAAUGAGAACAUUACGAAACGGGAGUAUUUGAAACCAACCAACCCUAUUAUUGUGCUAGCUAGCCUACUGCUGUUGAGAGAGAAAGUGAUGGAAUAAUUGAAAAGGUUGUAAAUAUUUGUGUUUGAAAUAAGUAUUUAUAGAACAUGUACAGCUUUGGCAAUAUCAAAAUAAAAGUUGUCAACUAAAGCCC